AUAGAACGUUAACAUGUCGAGUUUUACCCGCCACGACGCGCUCGGCGCGAAGGCGUCAUGGGACCAGCUUCUACCCGCGCUUUUCUGUCAAGUCGCAAAACAAAUGAACCCAAGUGAGGUCUCAGGGGCCCUAAAAUUGCUCAACAAGGCAUCCGCAGAGUGGCUCAAGGGCUCACCGGAGUUUCGAAAAAUCCGGCUUGCCAUGCGAGUCCCCAAGUGGUGCUCUUACAACGGCAAGAAGAUCCAGAAUGAAUACGUGGUCGUGGCAGCUCAGCCCUGGCCGCGCGGCGCCUUUCUGGCGCACUGGGGGCGGCCCGAGCCCUGGCGCAGCCUCACUCUCGUCGAGCGGCGUCGCCUGCUCGCCCUCGCGGCGUCCUCUGGCGACGCCGAUAGCCUGGACGCUGCGCUGGCGCACUGCGGCUGCUCGCUCACGAAGGACGUAUUCACAGCCGCGGCGGCCGCAGGCCGCCUGGCCGCCUGCCGGCGACUGCUGGCGCAGGGCUGCGAUGUCGACUAUGCUGCAGCGCUGGUGGCCGCGGCUGGCGCCGGCCUUGAACAGUUUACCCAGUUGCUGGAGCUGGUGCAAAUGGAUAUGAAACACCUGAGGGCCGUGGGCGGCGUGGCGUGUCACUGCGGCCACGCCCAGCUACUGCAGGCCAUCGUAAUCAUACUGGAGGCCGGCGGCAACACGCCCAAGGCUGACAUGAUCCUGGAUUGGGCUGCGGCCGCGGCACACGGCGGGCAAGUGGAGCUGCUGGACCGCCUAGAGCCGCUCAUGUCGCGGCCGGACCGCCAGUGCGCCCUUGAUGACACCAUCGUGGCAGCCUCCUCCGGCAGCGGGUCAUCCCAGCCGGUCCCGCUGGAGGUGCGGCGGGACAUCGUGCUCGACCACAUCGCACACGGCUGCGGGCUGGAGGUGCUGCAGCGCUACUACGCCCAGUGGGCCUGGGCGGCGCCGCACCCCGGGCAGCCCAGCAUGGAACGACACUUGUUCAUGGAGAUGGUCGCCGCCGCCGCCGGCAGCCCCACGCCCGACGCCUUCGAAAAGGUGGACUGGCUGCUGGAGCAGCUGGCGGCGGCGGGUGGCGCGGCGGGUGGCGCGGCGGGUGGCGCGGCGGGUGGCGCGGCGGGUGGCGCGGCGGGUGGCGCGGCGGGUGGCGCGGCGGGCGGUGCGGCGGGCGGCGCGGCGGGCGGCCCUGACGGUGGCCCUGGAGGUGGCCCUGGAGGUGGCGACGGGAAUGGGCCGCCGGCCCUGCUGCCGCCCGGGGUCUACCUGAGUGUUGAGGCGCUGGGCCGGCGGCCCGACUUCCUGAAGCGGCUGCAACAGCUGGAGCGGCGCGGCUUCAGCGACUUUGCGGGCGCGGCGGCGGUGGCGGCGCGCACCGGUCACGCCGACGCCCUGGCAUACCUGUUGACAGAUAAGCAUGUAAGGCCGUCGGCAAAGCUGGUGGACGAUGCGGAGCGCUCCGCACACCUGCCCGUGCUGCGCCUGCUGCGGCAGCGCGGCCUGGGUCUGUCGGCUGCGGUGCACAGCAAGCCCGAGCUGCUGCGCGUGCUGCCCGUCGAGUGGGUGGCGGAGGCGGUGGCAGCAGCCAGGCAGCAGCAGCAGCAGCAGCAGCAGCACCGCGGCACGGCGCCGGGUGGCGAGGACCCGGAUGGGGAAGUGCGGAGGCUGUUCCGCUCGGCGGCGGCGGCGGGCGCGGGCCUGGCGGUGCUGCGGGAGCUGCAUGCCUGCGGCGUGCCCAUCGACCUGAGGGCGGUGGCGGUGGGCGGCAGCGAGGAGGCGCUGGAGUGGGCGGCGGCGGCGCUGCGGGAGGAGGAGGAGAAGGGCGGCGCGGCAAUUCAGAUUGUGUCCCGCGAGGACCUGUGGAACGUUUUGUGCGCUGGCUACCCCCGCAAGGAUCCGGAAGAGGACCGCGACCCGGUCCAGGCUCUGUGCGGCGUCUUCCCGUGGGACCACACCAACGGCAACCUCGCCGCCGCAGCCUGGUUGCAGGCACACCGCCUGGCAUGCCUGCUGGACCUGCCCUUCCUGCGCAGCAAGUUCUCCAGGCUGCAGAGCUGGGAGCCGCUGCCCGCGCUGCACCUCGCGCGCAUUUCCGCCGGGUACCAGAAACUGCAGUGGGCGCUGGCGCAGGUGGGCUGGGAGCGGCUGUCAGCGGCGGACUGGCGAGACGUGCGCAGCUGCCUGGGCUGGUCUAACUACCCCGAGGGCGAGCCAGUCGGGCAGGUGGCGAGCCGGCACCAGCGCGACGCCUGGGAGCAAUGGCGGCGGGAGGCAGCGGCGGCAGGCGCCGCAGGCGCGGCGGCGGCCGGCGCGACAGAUCUGCAGCGGGAGGAGGACACGGAGCCGCGGGAGGUGGACGAGUUGGGGUCGUGGAAGAUGUGAUAAGGGUUCCGGUUACAAGUAUGCGUACGGCAUGGAGGGCAGGAUGAGGAUAAGGAUGCGGAUUACAAUUGAAGGGACAGCCCGACAAGCGGGGGCACGCCGAUGAGGAUAAGGCAUGGAGGGGCAGGAUGAGGACGAGGUGGACUGGCCGGACACGAGCUGUACUGAUGAUUGGCGUUGGCACUGCUCAAUGAUUGUGAUGUGUCAAUGGUGAUGGUGAUGGUGAUGGUGGCGGGUUACGGUGAACCGAAUGUGUUUGAGAGGCACGGAGCAGUAGGGUGUCAUCCAGAGACUAGCGGAUUCGGCAGCACGACAGAUGGGUAGGAGGUUAGCCAGAAGUUUGCACUGGUGCAUGCAUGAUGAGCUGAUGAGACAGUGGCGACAGGGUGUCACUAGGAAUGGCAAGGUCGCAGCAUUGGCAGGGUUGGUCUGGAGGGAUAUAAGGAUAUUGGGUUGACAGUCCGAUCACCAAAUUGGCCAUCAAGUAAUCCUAGCAAGCUCUCAGGCUGGGUGGAUGAAGGCGUGUGGAUACCAUGUGUGUGUGUGUGUGUGUGCGUGGUGAGGCUGUACGAGAAGGGAGACUGGUGGCUUGGGGCAGACGUCGGACCUGCAAUUGCUGUUGAAGGAUGUCGCUGUGUAGCCCGGCGCGCUUGGAACCUGGU